AUGGUGUUUAUAAGUUCUUUUCCUUUUGCCACACUGCUCGAGGCUCGAAUUAAGAAACAUCUGCUGUGUCUCGACUCCCCAAAGGCUUUUAAAUUUCAAAUACCCCCGAGCCCCAGGGACCCCAGACUCCCAGAUACCCCCUUAGAGCCCCCAGGACCAAGUCCCAGGACCCAAGACAGAUAUAUUCCCAGAUACCCCUCCAGGGACCCCAAGAUACUCCCCCGCCUCGGAGCCCCAGGACCCAAGAUACUCCCAGAUACCCCCCUUAGAGCCCCAGGACCCCAAGAUACUCCCAGAUACCCCCUGAGAGCCCCCAGGGACCCCAUCCAGAUACCCCUCAGAGCCCCCAGGGACCCGAAGAUACUCCCAGAUACCGCCUCGGAGCCCCCAGGGACCCCAAGAUACUCCCAGAUACCCCUCGGAGCCCCCAGGACACCAAGAUACUCCAGAUAUAGAGCCCCAGGACCCCAAGAUACUCCCAGAUACCCCCUGAGAGCCCCCAGGGACCCCAAGAUACUCCCAGAUACCAUACUCCCAGAUACCCCCAGCCCCAGGGACCCCAGAUACCCCCAGAUACCCCCUCAGAGCCCCCAGGGACCCCAAGAUACUCCCAGAUACCCCCUCAGAGCCCCCAGGGACCCCAAGAUGCUCCCAAAUACCCCCUUAGAGCUCCCAGGGACACCAAGACACUCCCAGAUACCCAGGAUACCCCCUAAGACACGUGCAUAUCCCCCAGAUAGGUCCAGACCCAGAUACCCCAGAGAUCCCCAGUCUUCCAGGAUACUUCCAGAAACCCCCUGA